AUGAAGCAUCUGGUGCUCCUGCUCGCCGCCACGGCGUGCCUGUCGCAAGCGCACAGCGACUCACCUCAAAUCGCCCGCGUCGACCGCGCCGAGCCCUCCAACCUACCACAUGCCUCCGCCGCCGCCCCAAUCGACACACUAGAUGAACCGGCCGUUGUCGAACGCGCCAUAAACGCUGCGCCUUCGGGGUACAUCCCGACCUCCUCAGCGUGUCCCAAUCCUGCGCCCAAGAUCCGCGCAGGAAGCUCCAUCGGCCCCGACGAGAAGGCCUGGCUCCUCGAGCGUCGCAAGGAGACAAUACCCCAUCUCCGCCGGCUCCUCAAGCGCCUCGCCAUCACCGGCUUCGACAGCGAGCAGUACUUUGGCAACGUCACGUACAACUCCACAAAGCUCCCCAACAUUGGUAUUGCCAUCUCCGGCGGCGGCUACCGCGCCAUGAUUGGCGGCGCCGGCGCAAUAGCCGCCUGGGAUGCGCGCUCCGCCGGCAGCGAGGAGAAGGGAAACCUCGGCGGCCUGUUGCAGAGCGCGACGUAUAUAUCUGGGCUGUCGGGCGGCGACUGGCUCGUCGGCAGCUUAUAUGUGAACAAUUUUACUUCGGUACAGAGUGCGGUAGAUGCGCCUCUAAUCUGGCAGCUAGAGAACAGCAUCUUCAAAGGACCGGACCAGUAUAGUGUCCGUGGAUAUUACACCGACGUUUUUAACGAAGUAGAGGGCAAGUCCAAGGCCAACUUCAAUGUUUCCGCCAGCGACUACUGGGGCCGCAUGCUGGCCUACCAAAUGGUCAACGCCAGCAACGGCGGGCCAGGCUAUACCUGGAGCUCUAUCGCCAAUGACACCGACUUUUCCAAUGGCAAGGCGCCGAUGCCGUUCCUGCUCGCCAACGGGCGCGCGUCCGAAAAGACCGUCAUCACCUCGGUUAAUUCCACCGUCUACGAGUUCACGCCGUGGGAGCUCGGUUCCUCCGACCCAACCCUCGCUGGCUGGGUGCCGCUGCGCUACGUCGGCACGACCUUUCAGGACGGCGACGUGACGGACCGCGCUAGCUGCGUGACCGGCUUUGACAAUGCUGGCUUCGUCAUGGGCACCACGUCGUCGGUAUACACGCAGUCCAUCUCGUUGCUCAAGGACAACAACAAAAAGUACAUCCCCGGCGACGCGCCCGACUUCGCCAUCAAGACGGCCGCCAAGCUCAUCUCGGCGCUGAGCAACCCGACCGCGUACGACAUUGCCGAGUGGUCGCCGAACCCGUUCCGCGGCUUCAACCCGGCGACCAACCGCAACGCCAACCACUCGCGCCUCAACCUCGUCGACGGCAGCGAGGACGCCCAGAACGUGCCCUUCCACCCGCACCUGCUCCCCGAGCGCGCCGUCGACGUCGUCUUUGCCUAUGACGCCUCCUCCGACACCGAGUACGGCUGGCCCGACGGCUCCGCGCUCGUCGCCACCUACGAGCGCGCACAGCAGCCCACCUUGCGCGACGUCGGGCCCUUCCCCUCCAUCCCGGACCGCAACACCCUCCGCAACCUGGGCCUCAACGCGCGCCCGACCUUCUUCGGCUGCAACGCCAGCAACUUCUCCUCGACCGCCUCCCUCCCGCCGCUGGUCGUGUGGCUGCCCAACCAGCCGUACGUCUACAACGGCAACCUGACUACCUUCACGUGGACGGUGCGCGACCCGGAGCGCGCCGCGCUCAUUGACAACGGCUGGGCCGUCGCCACGCAGCUCAACGCCACCCGCGACACCGAGUGGCCCGCGUGCGUCGCCUGCGCCGUGCUGGCGCGCAGCCUGCACCGCGCCAACGCCACCGUGCCCGCCCAGUGCGCACGCUGCUUCGACCGGUACUGCUGGAAGGGCAACCUCAACAGCAGCACGCCCGUGCGGCCCUACGACCCGACGUACUACGGCAAGCCGAUCAUCGUCAAGGACAGCGGCGCGGCGCGGCGCGCGUCGUCGGUGCUGUGCGUCCUCCCCGCGGCGGUCAUGCUCAUCGUUGCGAUGCUGUCGCUGUAA